AUGCUCAGCAGCGAUAUUAAGGGAAGUCGCAAAUUAUUCUGGAGAAAUGUUCGAAAUGAGUGUGAACGUUUAUGUGAAGCGAUAAUUUCAAAGCGCAUGACUCAAAAUGAUAUGACAGGGGGUAUCGAUUCAGAGCAGUCUACUCUCGAUACCAACGUUAGCUGGGAGGAUUGGAUAUUUGAAGAGUCAAGACGAAGACUAUGUCUGAUAUACCGCGUUGUGAACAUGCUGGUUUAUUUUGAACCAGCAGCGUUGUGCAAUUUGCCAACGAAUAUCAUCAUAGCACCAUUACCGGCGAAGAAACAGCUCUGGGAAGCAAAUGAUGAGCUCUCGUGGAAUUCAGAAAGUCAAAGAUCUCCAGGAUACCAGACUGCAUUCGCACUGACUGCAAGUGGCGAAGUGGUCGAACUUGAUGACGACCAUGUACAUUGUACUGAUGCGCUGUUGCCUCCUAAGUCCCUAGAUGAUCACUAUUCCUUAGAUAGUACUGCAAACUGGGAGGAAUGGUGCUCGGGAAUGGACGGACUUGGUGGUCUUGUUAUGCUUGCUGCUUCAUUGGUCGUUUGA